GGAAGGAUGUGCGCGUUACACAUAUCCGCCAUGGCUGCCUCCAGCUUGGCCUCGCAAGCUUUUCUAAGAAGGGGAAUUCGGGCAUUUACAUCCUAUCAUUCCAUCGAUAUUGCAAAAAAGCUCACACAGUUCAGAACCUUCCCUCUCACAGCUCCUUUGAGUUCCUCAGCUUUGGGUAUAUGCCACUCACCACAGGCUGUAAAGGGUAUUGAUGUUUCACUCAAAGGAGUGAGAGACAUGGAAACAGUUGAAGAAAUAAAGCGGAUUGUUGAAAUGGCAGAUCGGGCAUUACUAAGGAGAGAAGUUUUACAUACUGAUUUUCUCACACCACCUGUUCUAAGUGAGUCAAUGUCAGUAUUAGUGAAGUUAAAUGAAAUCAAAGCAGUUGCUCAGGGAGGAUACCCAGAGGCUGAACGUUGCCGGCUCUCAGUUGGACAUCCAGAUAUAUUGACAUCUGAACCCAACAAUGUUGUAGCACUGAGUAUAUCAGGAAAAUUCGAGUUUGAACCUUGUUCUCAUGGUGACUUUCUUGGUGCAAUCCUCAAUACUGGGAUUGUUAGGGAUAAGCUGGGAGAUAUUAUAUUGCAGGGAGAGAAGGGGGCUCAAGUCCUUGUCGUUCCUGAAAUUGCUGACUUCCUCAUAUCAUCGCUAAGCAAGGUAAGGUAUGUCUCAGUUACCUGUGAAAAGAUACCAUUGCUUGAUAUUGAAUAUGUGCCGCCAAGUACCAAGACUCUGAAAACUGUAGAAGCGUCACUUAGAUUUGAUGCCAUAGCUAGUGCUGGCUUCAAAAUUUCACGAUCCAAAAUGGCUGGUUAUAUCAGUGAUGGAGAUGUGCGUUUAAACUGGACCACAGUGACGAAAAGCAAUACAACCCUAAAGACAGGAGACGUCAUCUCUGUAAGUGGUAAAGGUAGACUAAAGGUUGGAGAGAUAAACACCACAAAGAAGGGAAAGUUUGCAGUUGAACUCUUUCGAUAUUUGUGAGGCAAAGGGCGAUUUAUCAACUUCCCCGGCAGGUAAGAACUUGUAUGCACUGACUUUGAAGUUUGAACAACUAAUCCUACAAAUUUACCCGGAUAAUUUUCUGAAAAAGGAAAUCUCACAGAUCCUGUCAAAGGACAGGUUUACAUCUGCUUCGACAAGGAUUAAGAUUGCUUCAAGGUAAACCUUUCUAGUAAUGCUAGUGUACAUUAGAAGAUGUUCUCUGGCUUUAUUAUUCAUUAGUGCAUUUUUUGGCAUCUUGUUCGUUUGUAAAUACUUGACAUACGAGUUAAGUUGAUGGUAGCAGAGAUGAGAGGAACAGAUAAUUUUCUGAACUUCUUUAGAUUGAUGAUUGCCGGCGAAACUAACUUUAUUCUGGUGCUAGAUGUUGUUCAUUAGGCAAAUAAUGUGAUAAACAAUAAUUUGUAUUUCAUGCAAAA